AUGAGGGUUCCCAUGGAGAAGCUUGUGCUCUCAUUCGUUUUGGUAGCUCUGUUUCAAGGGUGCAUGGUCCUUUCUGUAGAAUAUGAUCACACGGCAAGCAUCGAGUGCCUUCGCGAUCCUAUGAAGCCCUUGUACAACGGCGGGGUCAUCCAGAACAGCGAGUUCAACAGCGGACUGAUGGGCUGGUCGACGUUCCGGAACAUCAAGGCCGGCGUGAGCAGCUCGCCCUCCGGCAACAAGUUUGCGGUGGUGCAUGGCGCGGGAAGCUACCUAUCCAGCAGCGGCAAGUUGCUGCCUUCCCACAGCGUCUACCAGAGAGUUCAGAUGACGGGCGACAUGCACUACACUCUAUCAGCGUGGUUGCAGAUGUCCAAUGGCACAGCCCAUGUGAAGGCUGUGAUCAAGGCCCCCAACGGCGAGCGCGUCAUCGCCGGCUCCGUCAUCGCGCAGUCCGGCUGCUGGAGCAUGCUAAAGGGAGGCAUGACCGCCUACUCUUCCGGACACGGAGAGAUCUACUUUGAGAGCGACGCCGCCUCUGUGGACAUCUGGGUGGACAGCGUCUCGCUGCAGCCCUUCACCUUCGACGAGUGGGACGCCCACGCCCGCCUCUCCGCCAACAAGACGCGGAGGAGCACCAUCCGGUUGGUUGCCAAAGGCGCCGACGACGAGCCGAUGGCGCACGCCAACGUCAGCAUCGAUCUCCUCCGGCUCGGGUUCCCCUUCGGCAACGCCAUCACCAAGGAGAUCCUGGACCUCCCGGCGUACGAGAAGUGGUUCUCGACGCGCUUCACCGUCGCCACCUUCGAGAACGAGAUGAAGUGGUACGGCACCGAGUGGACCCCGAACCAGGAGGACUACCGCGUCCCCGACGCCAUGCUCAAGCUGGUGCAGAAGUACGGCAUCAAGGUGCGCGGGCACAACGUGUUCUGGGACGACCAGAACUCGCAGAUGAAGUGGGUGACGCCCAUGAGCCUCCCGCAGCUCAAGGCCGCGAUGCAGAAGCGGCUCAAGUCCGUCGUGUCGCGCUACGCCGGCAAGGUCAUCCACUGGGACGUGGUCAACGAGAACCUCCACUUCAGCUUCUUCGAGAACAAGCUCGGCCCCACCGCGUCGGCUCAGAUCUACCAGCAGGUCGGGCAGAUCGACCACAGCGCCAUCCUCUUCAUGAACGAGUUCAACACGCUGGAGCAGCCCGGCGACCCCAACCCUGUGCCCAGCAAGUACGUGGCCAAGAUGACCCAGAUCCGCAGCUACCCCGGCAACAGCGGCCUCAAGCUUGGCGUCGGCCUGGAGAGCCACUUCACCACGCCCAACCUCCCCUACAUGAGGAGCGCGCUGGACACGCUCGCCAGGCUGAAGAUGCCCAUGUGGCUCACCGAGGUGGACGUCGUCAAGAGCCCCAACCAGGUGAAGUUUUUGGAGCAGGUGCUCAGGGAAGGGUUCUCGCACCCGAACGUGGACGGCAUCGUGAUGUGGGCAGCAUGGCACGCCAAAGGCUGCUACGUCAUGUGCCUCACGGACAACAACUUCAAGAACCUCCCCGUCGGCGACCUCGUCGACAAGCUCAUCGCUGAGUGGAAGACGCACCGCGCGUCCGCCACUACCGACGACGACGGGGCGGUGGAGCUCGACCUGCCCCUCGGCGAGUACAAGUUCACGGUGACCCACCCGUCGCUCAAAGGCCCCGCCGUCCACACAAUGACCGUCGACACCUCGUCGUCGGCGUCGGAGCACAGAAUCGACAUCAAGUCGUAG